GUAUUCCUUGUGACGAUGCGCGACUCGUUUCUGUGAAAACCUGCGGUGGCUAAGAGUUGUUACAUAUACAGACGCCACAUUCAACAUGGCGGAGGGUGGAUUUGUUCAGGAAGAGUCGUCGGUAGAAAGCGUCAGUCUAUCACUGGAUUCUCUAGUACUAGAAUGUCCUAUCUGUCUGGAACAGUUGCGCCACCCCAAGUCUCUCCCUUGUCUACAUUCAUUUUGUCAGGAAUGCCUGAGUAGUUACAUCACCAAGGAGUUUUCUGGUGAGACAGCAUCGGUUCCUUCUUUCUCCUGUCCUGUUUGCCGUAGGGUCACUGAGCCGGUAAACAUGUCUGAAGACAAGGAAAGUUGGGCCGAGCAGUUUCCUACCAACAAUUUGGCGGUCGAAAUGAUCAGACAUCUACAGAAGACAGGGGAGUCAAUAACUUGCAAACCUUGUGAGAGGAAAGGAAACAACAAGAAAGCGAAGUUCUGGUGUAAAUUAAUCGACACCUACUUCUGUGAAGACUGUAAAAUUGAUAAACAUGAUUUACUGCAUACAGAGUGUGAGCCUGAAAACAUCACAGAGAUAAACAAGUCGGUUAUUAUCCGACGGGAGGCUUCAGUCACUGGGUGUGGAAAACACAAGGAGAAAAUUGAGUAUUUCUGUGAAGAUCAUCAGCUUCUUGGAUGCAGCAAGUGUAUAAUCGUCAAUCACCGGAAGUGUGAGUUGGUGACAUCAGCAGAUGAUUUCCGUGACAAUCUGAUCGAAAGCUGUAAGAUUGAUGACCUUUUGACAGAACUUCAGAAAUGCGUAGACGCCAUGGAGACACUGAUAAACGAUACUGAUGAACAGCUUCUGUCAAUGACACAGGACCAGGAAAUCACACUGCAGUGUCUAACUGAUCUACGUACGAAGAUUAACGAAAGGUUUGAUAUACUUCAGAAAGAACUUACGGAUAGAUUGAUAGCGUCCUUCAAGAAGGAGAAAGAAAACUUGGAUAUAUCAAGGCAGAAGUGCGAACGGCUUAUGUUGGCUAUGCAGAAGACGCUGACAUCAUCCAAGGAUUUCACCUUGAAGGAUGACACCUUGGGGACAAUAAAUCUUUUCCAGAGAGGACAGGUGGAGGUUGCAUCCUGUAAGGAACUAAUACAGGAGUUAGAGAAGUCGUCUAGAACCACCAGUCUGAGACAUGAAUAUGAUACCAACAUACUUGCUGAGGACACGAAGACCAGUCUUAAUAUGGGAAAGAUAGUUGUUUGUCAACUGCAGAGGAGUUUGCCAUCUCAUGUGUAUAGUACCCCAUUGUCUGAACGGCAGUUAAAGAAGUUCAAUAUCAGAGUUCCCUCAGAUGAGAACGACUGUGCAGCAUUGGGUGUUGUUUUCCUGUCCGGUGGACGUAUUGUUGUAAGUGACAAUGCAAAUAGAAAGAUGAAACUGUUUACAGAAAAUGGCGAUUUUCAAUGUGAGAUGGAACUGACUGGAGGCAAUUGUGACCUUUGUCGUGUCGAUAACAGCACUGUGGCAGUGAUGCUGACAAAAGUUAAAACCAUAUGUAUUGUCCAUGUCGGCGAUUCGACCUUGACAUACUCGUCGAAAAUCCGGAUUCCAAAUGUUACAGAAACCUGUCAUAGUGUCACAUCCAACGGCAACUCUUUUGUUGUGGGAACUGUGAAUUCACUCUACAGUAUACCGAAAACCGGAGGCGAGGCUACAAAGAUUCACACAAUCGAGUCAAAAUGUUUAUGCUUUUAUAGAAAUCAGCAAAAUGGACAUGUCUUUGCAAGUAUCGAUACGUCUACCACUGAAGAGGUGGCUGUGAUCCGACUGUCUGAUGGGACUUACAAAGAUGUGUUGAAAGUCGGGGUCGUGAAGGGAACAACAGGAAUAGACGUAGACAGGAAGGGUAACGUAUAUGUGUGUGGACGUAACUCAAAAAACGUCAUACAGAUGUCAGGAGACGGCACUAAUAUUAGGGAACUGCUUACGUCAUCAGAUGGAAUCAAUCGACCAAGGGCGAUAUCUGUGUGGGAUGACAAAAUGGUGAUAACAGAAUCUAAACUGUCAGAUCAACGAAACUAUGUACACCUGUACAAGAUCGUGUGAAGUGAUACGGAUGAUGAAUGAUUCUCCAUAUGUUAUUGGAAAAUAGAUAAAAUGGGUGAUAUAGAAUUAUAGGCGCUAUCAUAUGUUGGUUAAGAAUUUCAACAUUUUUGUUUCAACUUUCAUCAAUCUUGUUCGUUCCUUUUUUAGGUCACCUGAGACAAAGUCUCAAGUGACCUAUUCUAAUCCCCUUUUGUCCGUCGU